CGGCCGCUCUGCCCCCGGCGCCCCGUCGCUCCUCGGCCGAGCAUGGAGCAGUAGCGGAGCCGCCGCCGCUCCGUCCCGCGGCCAUGGGUGCGGAGCGCAGGGGGGAGGCGGCCCGCGGCGGCUGCUCCUGUGCCGGCGCCGGGAGCUGGCGCCUCUUCCUCGGCUUCUUCGCCCUCUCUCUGGCUCUGCACGUCCUCACCCUCGGCUGCUACCUGGAGCUGCGCUCCGAGCUCCGCCGCGACCGCGGCCCUCAACCCGCGGCCCCGCCGAGACGCGACGGAACGGCGGCGGCCGCCGCUCCCGGAGCUCCGCCCGCCGUCCGCCCGCAGCGCCCCGCGGAGAGCGGCGACCGGCGGCAGCAGCUGGCCUUGCUGAACUUCUUUCACCCUGAAGAAAAGCUGCAUGUUGGAGAAGGCAGACGUGUGCGCCGGAACAAGAGGAGUAAGGGCAGCGAGGGCCCAGAUGGUCCAAGCUCAGUUAAAAACAAGAAAAAGGGUAAGAAGGCCGGUCCUCCAGGACCCAACGGUCCCCAAGGGCCACCAGGCCCCCCUGGGCCCCAGGGCCCCCCUGGCAUCCCCGGCAUCCCCGGGAUUCCUGGGACCACUGUGAUGGGACCACCCGGCCCCCCUGGCCCACCCGGCCCCCAGGGCCCCCCAGGGCUGCAGGGCCCCUCAGGUGCCACAGACAAAGCCGGCUCCCGAGACACCCAGCCAGCUGUGGUCCACCUUCAAGGCCAAGGCUCAGCCAUCCAAGUGAAGAAUGAUCUUUCAGGUGGAGUCCUCAAUGACUGGUCUCGCAUCACUAUGAACCCCAAGGUGUUUAAGCUGCAUGCCCGCAGUGGGGAGCUGGAGGUACUGGUGGACGGCACAUACUUCAUCUAUAGUCAGGUAUACUACAUAAACUUCACAGAUUUUGCCAGCUAUGAGGUGGUGGUGGAUGAGAAACCCUUCCUGCAAUGCACUCGGAGUAUUGAGACCGGCAAGACCAACUUCAAUACCUGCUAUACAGCCGGGGUCUGCCUCCUCAAAGCCAGGCAGAAGAUCGCUGUGAAAAUGGUCCACGCUGACAUCUCCAUCAACAUGAGCAAGCACACAACUUUCUUUGGGGCCAUCCGCCUAGGAGAUGCGCCAGCAUCCUAGAUGAACUUGGCACAUCCAAGGAGACUCACAGAACUGCACCGUGCUGCUGUUCAUAAGCGUAUCAGUAUUUCAGGGGGUUCUGUAAUCCGGCCAUAAGGAAAGCUGAUCCAGAGCUAUUUAUUCCUAUAUGUGAAUGCAGGAAGCACAAUGUCUUCUGUGACUUGCACGGAGACUCGGAUCAAAAAGCUAGCUGAAAAAGCGUGGUGAGGAAGGAAGGCUGUUGUGUCCGCCUUGUCUCAGUAUUUCAAGUAUUACUGCACUGAUAUUCUGCUCUGUGAUCUUCACGUGGGGCUUGUUGGGAGUGACGUGGCUCUCUGCUUUUAUGUUGCACUAAGCACGAGCAUCAUCCCAGGCAGGAGCAGGAGAGAGCCCAGCCAGGCGGCCCUACCUGGCGCUCCUGCUUCUGCCCGCUGAUGAGAGCGAGGAUUGGGGUUUCUGCUUUCCUGCCUUCUCAGUUCUAACUGGAGCGGCGCGCGGCGCGAGAGGAGGUGGGUGAGAGUCAGUGGUGUUUACAUUCAUCCUCAGGAGUGGAGAAAGGAGAGCAAAGUGCCUCAGGCAGAGCUGGGAAGCAGGCGGUGAGAGUGAGAGCGGUGCGGUGGAGGGGAAGGUGGAUGCUGAAUAGAGCAGGCUUAGCACACGGAGAACCGCCUCUGCAUUCCAGAAAUCACAAAGUCCCAAAGAAAAAGACAAUCCUGGUUCCAGAGCCUCUGCUACUUCCAGCUCCUGCCGUGACCCCGGAGCUGUGCGCUGCCCACCGGGGGCUGCCGUCACCCACUGCUGCUGUCACAGCUGCCGGUGGUUUUUGUUUGGGGGUCGGGCUUUUUUAAUGUGUGUCUUUUUAAUUAAUAUUUUGCAAACCAGAACACUUUUCUACUGGCUUCCCAGAGGCACGCAGAGCAGACACAAGUACUUGUGAGAACACUCUGAAGAAGUUUGUCAUGUUUAAGAAUAAAAUAUUCCAACAGGAAAUUAUUUUUUCUGUUUUAAUAGCAGCUGCCCUGCUCUUAGAUGUGGUUUUCAUCCUUCCUCCCCACACCCCGUCCCUGUUGGCACCCUCCUACCUAAAUUGCUCCAAUGAGCAGCGAUGGAGUCUCUAGCAAAAAUGUGUAUUUAAAAAGCCUGGUCUAGCAUGAAGUCACCGCUUUUCUUUGCUCUGAGCCCUGCUGGGUCUAGUCCUAACUCGAUUUCUGGUGACUAAUAGCGGAGCGAGGACGCUAUUGUUUCUUUUGGCUUCUUGAGCAACUCUCUCCCGUCACCUCCCCACGGCUGGUGGUGAGAUCUGAAGCUGGAAGUUGUGCUGGAGCUGAGGAGGAGGCCGGAGCACGAAUUGCCCCUGGUGCUCGGUGGUGCGCGCCUGCUCGUGUCCUUGGGUAGGCGGCCUUCGCUAAGGGAGGGCAGUGCGAUUGCAGCCCCUGUGGCAAACACAAACGGCUGCGUGGGGAGCCGAGGUCCGGGUGACAGCCAGGGCCGCCCCAGCCGUGCUCACCUGCGGUGUAAGCCAGCACUGCUGUGCCCCUGCAGGCUCUGCCUGCCCGCACUGCUCCCGGCUCCGCUGCUCUCCGCGGCCGUAGCGAGUGAUCUCACUUGCCAAGUAUUGCAGUUAUUGGGAGAUAAAUAUUUCUUGGGGGCACCCGGCUUUGGCUUCAGCCUUGCUAUUCACAGGAGGCGUGCAGUUUAUAAAAUAACUGCAUGAAAAAUUGCCUGCUAUUUCUUUUUCAAUAUGUUCUCCUCCUUUCUAGCCUUAACAUGUUGGGCUAGCGAGAGCCUGAGGGGCACUGAAGCAGCCUUUGUUGUUUAUUUCCUUUAAAAUCAAUUAAGAAGGAGAUGUUCCUCUGACAAGAAUGAAUCGGGACAGCUUCUUAUAGUGAGAACAUGAAGCAAAUCAUUAACAGGAUUGCUUUAGAAUACAGUCUGAGCAGCGAGGCUUAGGGGCAAGCAUAAAUAACACGAUGGCUUGGGAGAGCGCGAUGGAUGUCACUGGCAUUCCUCAUCCCCCGCUGGCAGGAGCUGUGGUUCACUUCUGAAUGUGCCUGUGAGCAGCAGGAGGCAAAGGGAGAAUCCCUUUUGCUGUGAGCAUCCCGGCACUGCUGCCACGAUCCCUUGGCAUGCGUGCAGGAGCAGGGCAGGAGGUGCUGCUGGCUGCAGGUGGCCGUCCUUCCUCGCUGCUCCAUGCCUGGCAGCUGUGGAGUCCUUUGUAUUUAAACCCUGUGGCUGCUGCAGCAGCACGUUCUCACGGAUGCAGUACUGUGGCACAGUUACCCAGGCUGUGGUAUAGCUGCUUCUGUUUGAUACUGCUCUGUGCCACCGCCCCUGGGGCCUCUGCACGUUUCCGUCAUUGGAGCCAAAGGGCCUGGAAGCAGCUCAGGACAGCUGGAGGGGGUUCAUUGGUGUGGAAGAUUGUAAGCUCCGGCAGGAACAGGGCCUCGCUGCAUCCUUCCCUCUGGUGUCUCUCCUGCAGAACUCCCAGCAGUCCUUCAGUUCGCCCUCACCCACGUGCCUCAGCUCUGCUGCUCAGCCUUCGGCUGGACUCCAGUUGCAGAAAUGUAGCAAGCAGCCGAUUGGUAUCUAACUCAGCAUCUGAAAUCCUUCUCCCUCUGAAGAUCCCCAGUACAGAGACAGCCCUUAUGGAAGCCAGCUCUGCUUCUGUGUUCAGGGUGCCUUUGCAGGAGGGAUGCUCCCCAGCACACCCUUCAGCUCAUGGCUCUGCACCCACACGUGCUGGCUGUGCUUCCUCCAGCACCUUCCUCACCCAGGGUGGGGGCUGAGGGGCUCCUGCCAUCACCAGCAGCCCAUCAGUGCUGCAGCUCUGUCCUCUUAGCAUUGAGCGUUGUAUUUCCCAGGCUGAGAGGUACAGGGCAGGUGCUUCCCGGGGCUGCUCUCAGGUGAGCUCUUUCCACGGCUCAACGAAAUCCAGACGUGCUGUCCCAGCUCAGAGCAUGGGAGCAGGAAGGCACCGGUCCCAGCACUCAGCACUGCAGGCUGAGCCCCUCCAGCUGGGGUUUGUCCCAUUUCUUGGGCUCUCCCCUGCCCAGGCACAGCUGUGUGUGGGUGCUGCACCCUCUGGCCUGGCCCCACACAUUGCCCACCCUCAUGGCUUCCAGGGGUGGAAGGAAGCCCCUCCUCACCCCCCAACCAAAAAGGAAUGGGAGAGGAGCUGUGGGAAAAGAUGCCCAACUCCACUCCCGUUUAUCUGAGCUGCACAGAGAUAUUCCAAUGCUGUUUUGUGCUUCGACAUCUUUAUUCAAGACACUAUCUGUAUAUAAAAUAUACAUAAUGUAUAUAAAUUAGGAUGUAAGUUUAUGUAAAUUGUCAAUAUUUUCUUUGCAAAUAAAGCUUUUUCCUGAUC